ACACUGAAAAACUUGUCAAAACAACUUGUAUGUCGUCAAUAUGUUUAAAAUAAUUGCAGUCUUGUGGCUGUUUGUGUCAAACAGUUUGGUGUCAUCCGAAUUUAUUCGUGGAAGUUUAAGUAACUCCUUUGAACCAAACUGGUGGCAAACAAAUACCGUUUACCAAAUAUACGUGAGAUCAUUCAAAGACAGCGAUGGUGACGGAAUCGGAGAUCUGAACGGUAUAACCGAAAAAGUGUCAUACUUCAAACGUUUGGAUGUCGGUGCAAUUUGGUUAUCGCCUAUAUUCCUCUCUCCACAAAAUGAUUUCGGUUAUGAUAUAUCGGACUAUGAAGAGAUCGAUCCUGUUUAUGGUACAAUGGAGGACUUUGAACGAUUGAGGGACGAGUUCCAUAAAUACGGUAUAAAAGUUUUGUUGGACUUUGUGCCUAACCAUACAAGUGAUGAACACGAAUAGUUCCGAAAAUCAAUUAUGAGAAUUUAACCCUUUACCGACUAUUACGUAUGGAAGGAUCCGAUUAUUGACAAGAAUGGCAAUAAGAUACCUCCAAGUAACUGGUUAAGUGCAUUCAAUAGCGGAUCUGCGUGGAAAUGGAACGAACAACGACAACAGUAUUAUUUACAUCAAUUCCAAGAAAAACAACCAGACUUGAACUAUAGGAAUCCAUCAGUUAGAGAAGCAAUGAAGAACACGCUUUUGUUUUGGUUGGGACGCGAUGUAGAUGGAUUUAAAAUGAAUUCGGUAAAUUUUUUAUUCGAAAGAGAAGAUUUAGCUGACGAACCGAAAUCAAACAAAAUCUGUUAUUUGGACACUGAUUACCAUUCGUUAAAUCAUACGAGCACGGUCGAUCAGCCGGAAGGUUUUAAAAUUGUACAUGAAUGGAGGCAGUUGUUUGAUAGUUACAGGACGAGGGAUAAGAAAACCAAAUUUUUUGUGGUGGAAUGUCACUCGCCCUUGGACAAGGUUCUAUUGUAUUACGGUAAUGCAACGUCACCUGGAGCUCAUUUCCCUUUCAAUUUUUUAUUUAUUGAAACUUUCAACCAACAAUCUGACGCAGCGUCAGUUCAUAGUAUGAUAAAAUACUGGAUGCAGAAUAUGCCUAAUGGAACUUGGCCUAACUGGAUAUUAGGUAACCACGAUAACCCGAGGGUGGCUACUCGGAGCAAUCCAAUGUUAAUAGACGGACUUCAUAUGAUUCAAAACCUCUUGUCGGGCACCGCAGUGGCGUAUUACGGCGACGAGCUCGGUUUGAUUAACACAAAUAUCCGUUGGGAUCAAACCGUUGAUCCGUCAGGUCUUAACGUGGGACCACAUAGGUUUUUGCAAUUCAGCAGAGAUCCUGUAAGAACCCCAUUCCCAUGGGACACCUCAAAUAAUGCAGGUAUUUCCAAUUCAUCUAAAUUAUGGCUUCCAAUCAAUCCAGACUAUUGGAAAAAAAAUAUGGCAGAAGAAUCAAAAUGCAAAAGUAAUCUGAAGAUCUACAGACAACUGGCUCAAUUAAGGAAGAGUCCAACAUUUGUUAAAGGCGAUUUGCAUUUAUACACUUUGUCGAAAUGGGUGUUUGGAUUUUCAAGGAGUUUUUAUGAUCAUCCAACAUACUUUAUCGUAGUUAUCUUUGGAAGUGAAAUAGAAACAGUUAAUUUGUUAAAAGCUAGAAAUACUUUACCACUUAAUUUGAUAGUGAAGGUUUCUAGUGUUAAUUCUGGAUAUGUAAUUGGAAAUUUAGUAAAUGCAGAAUUAUUUUUGUUGAGACCAAAAGCCGCCCUUGUACUCACAACACUAAGGACUAAGGAUCAAUGAAUAUUCAUCUGAUAUAUAAACCUAACCUACACAUAAUAAUAUAUUGGCUGUAUGUUUAGAUUAUAUCGAUGAUAAUAUUCUCAGGAUUGUGUUAAAUGAUGUUUUUAUUUAUUUAGUGUGUUACAUCUAAUAAGUACCUACAUGUAGAUGUACCUAUUUAAUAUUUAUAUAAUAUGUCACACUCAAAGAACAAAAAAUGUUUUUAUGCCAAACUAGUGAAGCUUAAAUAUUGGUUUAAUUAAUCAAUUUUGUAAGUAUCGUAAGUUUGUUUUAAACGUCUUAAAAGUAUAACCACUAAACACCUGCAGUAUCUAUGUAAAUAUAAUAUAAAGAAUAUAUAUAUAUAUAUAUAAAUGUACAUCCUUUCGUAUGAAUUAUUGUUUUUCAACCGACAAAUUGAACCAAUUUAAUCAGUUAUAUACUUAUGUAUUACAAAUACGAUACUAUAGAAACACGUAAGUACUUAUGCAGAUAUAAAUCUUUGUGACAAAGAUUUUGUCACCAAUAUUGAAAAUGGUAUGGUAUUAUAUUUUUGAAGCACGCCAACGGUAAGUUCCGCUCUGAUUUUUAGCAAAGGACAACGAUCAACAUUGAAGAAAACUGUUCUCAUACAUAUAGGCAUACAGCUUUAAUCAGUGCUCGAUUUUGCUAAAUUAAAUUAGGAGGAUUUUGUUUACCUAAUAUCAUUGCGUUUAUAUUAUACAAUAUUUUUUCAAUGGUAAUACUUAUGUUUAUGUAGGUAAAUGGCUUUUAUUAUUUAAUCAUAAUAUCUAUCGGUAACGCCCGCUAAAGGUGCAAUGUGCAAUGUAUACAUCACGACUGUGUCGAUAAAAUUUUAAGUAUGAGUAGACAGCAGUCUUGUGAGUAUUUACACAGAUUUCUUUAUGUAUAUGGUAAUCGUCAUUUUGGAAAUAUUAUAUUAUUUUUGUAUUCUACCAAUGGCAUUUGAAAUCUAAUUAAAAAUAAAUACCUGAUACUAAAUUGCUCUAAGAUAUAUCUUAUAAGCUUAAAAUAUGCACUAGUCAUUAUUAUAAUUUAGUAGAAAUUAGUAUUUUUUUUUAUAAAUAAAUCUGUAAAAAAUUAUUACGCCAAAAAACAAAUUUUGCUACGCUGGGUAGUGUUAUAUGUUAUAUAUGUUAUAUAUACAUUUAGCUGAUUGACAAGUAGAGUAGUAGACGCACUAGGAUA